UUAUUGUUGGAUGUUGGAUUGGCUUUCUUUCAUUCUUCAUAAAUUACCUCUUGAUUGCAAGUGAUAGCCUGUUCAGUAGUCUCGUGGCAGAAAUCAACUAUUCAACGAUACCAAACACCCAAUCACACCAACUUAUCACUCUACCAUGGAAAGCGCACGCAAUUACUACAACAAGCAAUAUGAGAACUGGGUGCCAUGGAUCGAAGAUAAGGUCCUCGGCUGGUGGGGUGAGAAUAAGACAAGUUAUGUAGCCAAAGACAAUCUCUCCAAAACCAAAAUCACCGGCGACGAGAACGUCGAUGCAGUCCAAGAUGGCGUCAAUGAAGGCGUAGGAGGCCAGCUAGGCAAGGGCGGUCUCCUGGAAGGCGUUGGAAACCUCACCUCGAAAGAAGUCUUUACUCGUUCUGAGCGACAGGGAAAGAAUGACAAGGGCGGAUACAUCUAGUUGAAAUAGGACAUUGGUCGCCGGCGGCGAUAAAGGGAUCUAUCGGUUGGAAGAGACGGGUUA